GAGUUAAAAACUCAGCCCUUGUGAUGAAUAUUUAAAAGCAGUGUUCAAGCUGGAGCCGAGGAUUUCUCCAGGGCUGGCAGCGCUGCAUCCCUCCCCAGCCCUGCCGCCCGCCUGGGCGCACUGCGGAGGAGGACGGGGCGUUGCAGCGGGGCUGCCAGCAUGGGGCCCCUGGGGCUGGGGGUAACUUUUGUCACUUUGCCUCUUGUCAUCCGAGCGGCUGCGGGAGGGCAGUGGUGCUACGACUCACAAGACCCGAAGUGUGGCCCCAGCCACUGGAAGGAGCUGAAGGCCACCUGCGGUGGUGACAAGCAGUCUCCAGUUAACAUUGACCGGCGCUGGCUGCAGCGGGAUGGCGGCCUUGGGGACAUCAUCUUUGAGGGCUAUGACCAGGCCCCCCCUGGCAAGUGGCGGCUGCUGAAUGAUGGGCACACGGUGAUGCUGAGCCUGGAGAGUGAGCCGGGUGCCGAGCACAUUGCCAUCAGUGGUGGGGGCCUCCCGGGCCGGUACCGUGCAUUGCAGCUGCACUUCCACUGGGGCAGCCCAUCUAGGAAUGGCUCUGAGCACACCGUGGAUGGGCAACAGCUCCCCAUGGAGCUGCACAUCGUCCACAUCAACGUCAAGUACCGCACCUUGGGGGAGGCCAAGGGGCACCCAAGUGGGCUGGCUGUGCUGGGCUGCUUCUUCCAGGUCUCAGAAGCCGCAAACUCCAACUACAACACUAUCAUUGGGGGACUGAGGAACAUCUCCCACGCUGGGCAGGCAGUGGACCUGGCCUCCACCUUCCGCCUUGGCACGCUGCUGCCGCACAUCGCGCAGCUCUCCCGGUACUACCGCUACCAGGGCUCUCUGACCACUCCUGACUGCAGCGAGGCUGUCAUCUGGACUGUGUUUGAGGAGCCCGUGGGCAUCAGCAGGGAGCAGCUGCAGGCGUUUGUCAGCACCGUACACUUCCCGGCCUCGGGCGCUGCGCCCCUGAAGAUGACCAACAACUUCCGUCCGCCACAACCGCUCCGCAGCCGCAAGGUCUUCUCCUCCCGGGAUGCCACGGCCAGCUGUGGGUGUCCCCGCUGUCCCUUCGCCCCGCUGCUCCUGCUGCCCCUGCUCGGCCCCUUCUCGUCUUCCCCUUAGGGCCCGGGUUCCCUGUUCCCUGUUCUUUGCAUAGUGGUGAGGAAACUUCUGGUUUAUGGGUGAUGGGGAAAAAAUGGUAAAAAGCAGCUGGGGCCGUCAGCC